CCCGCCGCCAACGUGGCUUUCAUGUCGACGGUCUUUAUGAGGGUGGGUGACUCGAAGAAGGGCGAUCGCGCUGCCCCUUCCUCCUCCGGUACCGCCAUCCUUGCCAGACCAUUCAUUUCACCCCUGCUCGCUGCACUGACUCGCGAUGCUGACUCCGACGAUUCAUAACACGCUCGGGAUGCUCUUUGAUUCCCUGGUCGUGUCUACGGCACUGUAUGGCGCCGGGAUGCUGCAGGGCUGGUACUACUACCGUCGCUACUCGCAGAAGGACCACUGGGCGGUUAAGUCGGUGAUCGGCCUUGUCCUACUUUUGGACACCCUGCAGCAGGGCAUGUUCGCGGCUUCUGUAUACCGUUAUUGCGUCUCGAACUUGGGGAAUCCCGCCUUCCUCGGCGUGUUGGACGAAGUCCUGAUCAUCCAAAUAUUCUUCGUCGCCGCUAUAGCGCUGGCUGUGCAGCUCUUUUACUGCUAUCGCGUGCUUAUGCUGAGCAAGAAGAAUUGGUUUGUUACUCUCUUCCUAGUCUUGAUGGCUACGAGCGCAUUUGCCACCGUCUUCACCUACUGCGGUUUCGCCGUCCGCUACGAGAUGUUCGCCGACCUCGCUCGAUUAAAAAGCAUCUCGAUUGCAGUCAAUGUUACGUCGGCUGCGACGGACGUAGGCAUCUCCCUGGCCAUGAUAUGGUAUUUGCGAAGGGCCAGGACGGGCUUCAAGCGGUCGAACGACUUGAUCAAGCGACUUAUCAUGUUCACAUUCAAUACCGGCCUUCCGACAAGCGCUGUGGCUAUUUUCGCUUGCAUCGCCAUUAACGUGUGGCCCAACACCUUCAUUUAUAUGUUCUUCUUCUUCCUCGAGGGGCGCCUCUACACCAACAGUCUGCUCGUUACACUCAACAGUCGCUCGUACAUCCGCAAUCCGGUGCCGGAAACCAGCGAAAGCUUUGGUCUUAGCACAGGACCCAGCCGUAGUCGCAGCCAAUACAACAGCAGCAGCCGCCCUGCGCCGGAUGCAAUUACUAUCAAGAUUGACACCGUUCAGCACUGCGACUACCAGCAGUCUUCUGAGUACUCGAAAGAGUCCACCUCUCCGGUCGAUGGCGAUAGUGACAAGAAUGUACUGCACUGAAAAGCUCUUGGGGACUGUACAUAGCCAUAUACACGUACAUUUUCUUGAUUGACCUCGCUGUUGUAUUGCCGUGUUUGUAUGGAUGGGUCCAGGUUCAAUUGCGUUGCUGAUGGUGCGGAUGUUGCGACGGAACAGAAUCAGUCCGGACAUCGGACUCCGUAAAUUGUACGCGCCCAGUACGCGCUCCCUUCAGGCGCCCUCAGACCGGCGCGUAGGCUCC